CUUUCCAGGGAAGAAGAGGAUAUGACCAGGUCUCUUGCAACAGUGACAUUUACAGAUGUGGCUGUGGACUUCAGCCAAGAGGAGUGGCAGCAAAUGAAACCUGCUCAGAGGAACUUGUACCGGGAAGUGAUGCUGGAGAAUUACAGCAACCUAGUCACCGUAGGCUGUCAAGUCACCAAACCAGACGUGAUUUUCAAGUUGGAGCAAGAAGCGGAGCCAUGGCUGGUAAAGGAAACAAUGUUUGGGAGGCACUGGUCAGGAGGGGGUGUCCUGACCGCCCGCCCUCGCUCGGUGGAGGGAGGUGGGCUGCGAGCCUGCACGGGGUGUGGUUUGCGGUCAGACGUCUCGCAGCUACUGCGCUCGCUGCACGCAGAAACCCCGGGCAAUCAUCCCGGGACGUGGAGUGUGCACUCGGCGUUCAAUGUCCGGCCACCUGUGGUUCAUUCCUUCCAAACGAGGCCUUCCGGACCUUUUGUUCUGAAGUUCAAAGAUGUGGCCAUUUACUUUUCUGAAAAGGAAUGGGAAUGCUUGAAACCCACUCAGAAGGAUUUGUACCGAGAUGUAAUGUUGAAGAAUUAUAACAAUCUGGUUUCACUAGGACUGUCUGAUUCUAAGCCAGAUGUGAUCUUCUUACUAGAACAGGGGAAAGAACCCUGGAGGGUGAAGAGAGAGGAGACAGAAGAAUGGUGUCCAGAUUGGGAGUCCAGAACGGAAACCGGACGUUUAUCUCUAAAGGAGGAAAGAUGUGAAAUUGAAUCAUUGCCUCAAGCAGUAACAGUAAGACCUACAAGCUCUAACCUUGAUGAUCCCAGGUUCAGAGAUAACAGAGACAGUACAUUUCCAUUUGAGAGACAACAAGAGGGACAGUGCAGACAAGCAUUAAUACUACUCGAUCGAUUACAUCAGAGAAGUCAUACUGGAAAGAGAUCCUGUGAAUUCAAAGGAAGUAAGAAAGCUUUCAGGGACCAGCUCUGCCCUAUUCGACAUAAAAAAAUUCAUAAUAAGGAAAAAGACUCUGAAUGUGGAGAUGAUGGGGGCACCUUUAAUAGGAGAUCGGACUUGAGUCAGCAUCAAAGCAUUUAUGAUAACAAAAGAAGUAAUGCAAAUAAGAAACGUGCCUUGACUUUUGAUUCUGAAAUGACUCAUCCUCAGAAAAUGAACACUGGUGAGAAGCCUCAUAAAUGUAAAGAAUGUGGAAAAGCCUUUAAUUCAAGUUCACAACUUAGUCAACAUCAAAGAAUUCAUAGUGGUGAGAAACCCUAUAAAUGUCAGGAGUGUGGAAAGGCCUUUGCAACUACCUCACAGCUUAAACUACACCAGAGAAUACAUACUGAUGAGAAGUACUAUGAAUGUAAAGAGUGUGGCAAAGCCUUUAGUCGUCCUUCCCACCUUACUCGACAUCAAAGAAUUCAUACUGGUGAGAAACCCCAUAAGUGUAAGGAAUGUGGGAAAGCUUUUCGUUAUGACACACAACUUAGUCUUCAUCAGAUAACUCAUACUGAUGAGAGACUCUUUGAAUGUAAGGAAUGUGGGAAGGCUUAUAGCUGUGCUUCACAACUUACGCUACAUCAAAGAAUUCAUACUGGUGAGAAACCCCAUAAAUGUAAUGAAUGUGGCAAUGCUUUUCUUUCUGUCUCUCACCUUAUUCGCCAUCAGAGUGUGCAUACUGGUGAGAAACCCUAUAAGUGUAAGGAAUGUGGAAAAUCCUUCCGUCGCGGCUCAGAACUGACUAGACAUCAGAGAGCUCACACUGGUGAGAAACCCUAUGAAUGCAGGGACUGUGAGAUGGCUUUUACUUGUAGCACAGAACUUAUUCGACAUCAAAAAAUUCAUACUAGUGAGAGACCCCAUAAAUGUAAGGAAUGUGGGAAGGCUUUUAUUCGAAGGUCAGAACUUACUUAUCAUGAGAGAAGUCAUAGUGGGGAAAAACCCUAUGAGUGUAAAGAAUGUGGGAGGUCCUUUGGUCGUGGCUCAGAACUUAAUCGACACCAGAAAAUUCAUACAGGUGAGAAGCCAUAUGAAUGUAAGCAGUGUGGGAAGGCUUUUAUUCGUGGGUCACACCUUAGUCAACAUCAAAGAAUUCAUACAGGACCGAGGGAUGAAUGA